CCAUGCUCUCAAUAUCAGUAUGGGUGUGGUAAUCGUACUGUGAAUUGCCUUGAAUCUCGUAAAUUUGGCGCCCGAGGCCCUGUUUUGGAUGUAAAUAAGACGAAAUGAACAAGUUAAUAUUUUGAAACGAUUACUUAGCGCAUAAGGACAUCGUUACGUACGGCAGGAGGAAUUAGUAGUGUUGUUACAGCAGGUCUUUGUCAGUAUUAUUAAGCAGAAGGGAGUGAAUUGCUCAGAAGAUCAUGAGUGAGCUGGAGCAGUUGCGGCAGGAGGCGGAGCAGCUGCGCAAUCAGAUCAGAGAUGCCAGGAAAGCAUGCAGCGACUCCAGCCUGUCCCAGAUUACGGCUGGUCUGGAUUCAGUGGGAAGGAUCCAAAUGAGGACGAGGCGGACACUUCGAGGCCAUUUAGCGAAAAUCUACGCCAUGCACUGGGCUACUGAUUCCAGGUUACUAGUUAGUGCCUCUCAAGAUGGCAAACUCAUCAUUUGGGACAGCUACACCACAAACAAGAUGCAUGCCAUUCCCUUACGAUCAUCAUGGGUGAUGACUUGUGCAUACGCUCCAUCAGGGAACUACGUAGCCUGUGGAGGCCUAGACAACAUCUGCUCUAUCUACAGCCUUAAAACCCGUGAGGGCAACGUCAGAGUUACCAGAGAACUGCCCGGACAUACAGGUUAUUUGUCUUGUUGCCGUUUUUUGGAUGAUAGCCAGAUAGUUACCAGCUCUGGAGAUACCACUUGUGCGCUGUGGGACAUUGAGACCGGUCAGCAGACUACCACGUUCACAGGGCACAGCGGAGAUGUGAUGAGCCUGUCCCUCAGCCCAGACUCCAAGACCUUUGUGUCGGGCGCCUGUGACGCGUCCUCUAAACUGUGGGACAUCCGAGACGGAAUGUGCAGACAGUCUUUCACCGGACACGUGUCUGAUAUCAAUGCAGUCUGUUUCUUCCCAAAUGGUAAUGCGUUCACCACGGGCUCUGAUGACGCCACAUGUCGGCUGUUUGACCUUCGUGCAGACCAGGAACUGAUGAUGUACUCUCAUGACAACAUCAUCUGUGGCAUCACCUCUGUGGCCUUCUCCAAGAGCGGCCGCCUGCUGUUGGCUGGCUACGAUGACUUUAAUUGCAAUGUGUGGGACACGUUAAAGGGAGAGCGUGCAGGCGUACUGGCUGGGCAUGACAACAGAGUGAGCUGUUUGGGUGUGACCAGUGAUGGCAUGGCUGUGGCCACUGGUUCUUGGGACAGCUUCCUCAGGAUAUGGAACUGACCUCACUGGGCGGGACUCCGGGGAGACACUCUUUCCAAUCACAGUCACUGUAGUGUACCGCUGCCACACAGGACCGCCCCCUUUACUUCUUCCUCCUACAGAUGGCCUGGUUUUCUUCAUCUUCUCUUUCUUAGACCACACUAUCCUUCCAUUCUGCAGUCAGUCAAAGAGAUGAGGACUAGUACAGAAGACCCUCCAUUGGUUUCCUCUCUCUGUGUGUCUCUAGGGCUUCAUGUCGGACUCGAGAGGUGGGGGACAGCCUGUAUUGUAUAUAUCCGCUAUACUUUGUGCUUGUAUGUAUAACAUAUGCACUUCUGACAGUGUUUGGAUGUUCUGGUGUGUGGAUACUGGUUGUGGGUGUCUUGACUGUCCCCGUUUUCUUUUCCUGCUUAAAGAUUUUCCAUUUUUCUGAUCAGUUAUAUUUGCCACGCAUUAGUCAAAUGUCAUGAACAGAAGGACUAGUUGUGUAGUGAUGAACGUGGGGCUGACAAAGCAUUGUAGGCCAUUGGGUCAUAGAUUUUGCAUCAGUGUUCGACGUCUAAAGGGAUAGUUCGCUCCAAAAUGAAAAUUGUUUACUCUGCCUCGUGUUGUUCCGAACGUUCUUGAUUUUUUUUUUAUAAACAAGUGAAUGGUGUCGAUCACUAACAACCUGCCUAACUUUUGUGUUCCACUGAAGAGAUUUUUAGUUUUGGGUGAACUAGCUUUAAGUUUAGUUCGUGUCGGCAUGACCUGUCUGUUGGUCUGUUCCACCAUAAAUGGUUGGUAGUGUGUAGUUAUGAGAGAAACUGAUAUAACUAAGCUCAUAUUUGCCAUCCUUUAAACCUGACAAAAAGGUUUGGCUUGUUUAGUGUACUAGAUUAUUACUGACUGUUGAAGAGAAAUUAGCAUCAACCCAUAUUUCUUGUCCUAUGCCUAUAUUGUCACUAAGGCUCAAAUGAGUUUCUUUCCAUUUCAAGCCAACUGGAGAGACAUAUUACCGAUUUAUGUUUAAGGAUAAAAGUUGUGAGCAUGGCCUUGAUGCUUUGGACACCUCUUUCCACUAAGAGUCAGCAGGCUGAAGGUGCAGCCUAAUGCUUAACAAGAGACCUUGGCUAAUGUCAGUCUGACUUUCGGCAUUGUCGUCUGCCUUCCCAUACACUAUUUUUAACACCUGCCCAUUUCUAGCUAGGACUGUAUGUGUUCGCAAUAGAUUUAACCAGUUAGACACCGAUCCUGAACAUAUUUUUAAAUUAAUUUAGUGCUUUGGCUUUUCGGCAAGUAGGCUGAAAACACAUGGUUUUAGGACCCAAAGCUACACUGUGCGUGUUUUUCACAAAUGUGAGUAUUGAAGAUUUAGUGCCCUCUGCCUGUGCCAGAAAAAAAAUGUUAAUGAAUGAGAUGGCAAGCAAGCCUUAAUGUCUUUCACUUGAACAUUAAGUAAUGGUAAUUUUGUGCCAAUAUAGAGGAACUCAGUCAACAAUGACUGGUUUCGUGAGUGUAUUAUAAACUGUAUUGAUGAUGCCGUUUUGCUUUUAAUUCUACACACUGCAUUUUGGGCAUUUUCCAAAUGAAUUUCUGAUGUAUUAAGAAUACUUGCUUUGAUUAUCCAUAUAGGAUUGCAUUCACUGUGAAUGGAUUUAUCCUGUUUCAUGUCUUCAUCUCCUGACAUUACUGUUCAUCAGAUAAACUUUUGUUAAGCAGCCAUUUUAAUGUUUUAUUAAUCACACAGUCACAGUUGUGCCAUGAAAGGACAUCCAAACAAAUAGUGAUGUUCAUCGGGUGUUGUUUUUUUUUGGGUGUUUACAAUAUUUAGAUGCUAAAAAUGGUACAUGAAGUUAAAUUGGCAUAAUGUGAAGGUAUAACGUUUUAAACUGAAAUGAUUCAACCACAUUGUGGUUUAAUACAGAUAACAGACUUUGCACAGAGAUGGUCGCAAAGUGAUUUCUGUUUCAGUAUUUUCAUUCUAACAAGAAAUUAUAUUUUUAAUUGUACUAAUUUUAUGUGUUUGUGAAGGUAUAAACAUGUUGCCCAUACAAUCAAAAUCAGAAUAACAGCUUUUGCUGAGAUGUCCUUAAUGAUUUUUCCAGGGGAUAUCAUAAUGAUUUGUGAGUACCUGUUUUCUGUGGUAAUUAUUAUGCCACAAAUGUAUUGAACCUUGAACAUCUUUUUAAAAGUUCAACCAGAAAAGUCCAAAACUGCAGUGAACAUAGCCGUAAGGAGCAAGCUCCAGACUAUCCUAUGGAUAUUUCAGCUAGCUAACUGAGCCUUAUCCUAUGGAUAAGAUCAAACACUGUGCUAGCGAGGCCACAGUGACUCUGAAGAAGAAGAAAUCGGCUUGCUGCCUUGAUACUGUUUACGAAAAACACCCUAACGGUUUCUCACUGCAUAUCGAAGUAUGAAAAAUCCAAAUAUUGCCCUUUAUGAAGUAGUAAAAACGAAACUGAAGGUUUCGACUGUGAAAAUGAUUUAAAAUCUUAGAUGUUUAACUAUCAUAUUACAACGAUGUGGCUUCUGUAAAAUCCAAAUCUUUUUCAAUCAGCAUUUUUAUUUACAGUAGACACUCAGCAAGUAACCUGUGAUGAACCCUGAAUAUUUAUAUUUGACUUCUUCAACAUUCGUUUUCCAUAUGUGUUGGCCUCACUGUUAGAGGAAGUGAGCGCCUGCGAGAGCUUCAGUUUUCUCAAUCGGAACUAGGCCGUGGUUGUUUUUUGCUGAGGUGUUUGUGCUGUCAAACCUAUCGAAAUUACUGCAUUGUUACCCAGAGGAAGAUUUCCUCAUCGCAGCAGUUCACAUCAAUCACGUGAUCACAGUACUAAAAAGAAGCGCUCUGCCCUAAGCUUUAAAAAUGAAAGUAUUGCGAGGUAUUGCAGCCUACAUUUGCUGUGGCAUGAUCACAGAUUCAGGGGUGUUAACUUUGCACUCGGUGCAAAGUAGCACCUCAAACAGCAAAAUAUUUGUUGUGUCAGUGUGUUUUCACUUGUUACAUUUUGGGCACAGCAGGAAUAUAAAGGUUUAUAAACACAGAUGAACAGCAGCAGCACACAGAAAACCGAAGUGCAUUCUUCCAAGCAUUUUAAGAGACUCACCAACCAUCAACACUUGUGAAAUUGUGGCUUACCAAAAAAGAAAGUUUGUGUAAUUCAUAGUGGUUUUGAUGUAUUUUAUAUAGAUUCCAGCGAUUAGAUAUAGUCAAAAUGUGGAGAUUCAGUUAAAUGUGCCUGUAAAUUACAAAACGAAUGAACCUUGCUGGCUUAAUGGUGGGCAAACAUUAUCCUACAUAUGCUGUAACUAUGAUUAAAGACCAAAUAAUUUUGUUUUUCAUUAACUUUUGCGGUUCUGUCCCACAAAUGUAUACUUUUAUCAGGGACAAUAGCGUAACUGCCUCUUCACUCUUAACACACAUUCCUCUUAAUUUAACUGCUUUGUUAUUGAAAACAGAUUUUAUGGCAUCAUGUUGGUUCAGAAAACAAUGAUCACUUGCUAUGGGAUCUUUUAAGUCUUUUUUAACACCCGGAAAUUUAUUUGUACUUGUAAAGUGGCAGUGACACCUGUUACUAUUUGUUCUCAUAACCAAUAAAGGCUUUUCAUCAAGGAGA